CGGCAGGAGUAAUGUUGAGAACGCGUACCAAAGUGGGUAACAAAUGUUAAUAGCGAUCCUUGAAACAGCAUCCCAAGCGUCAUAGAUUAAGCUUACACGACUGAAAAAUCAAAUAUCUGUGAUAUUCGGUAAGCAUAUAAAAAAUCGGUAGGAAUACAGAUAAAUCGGUAUUUCUGGUCACUCUGGGCCCCAGAGCAAUCCGUGCUGUCAAAGCAGCAGCUGGCUGUCAAACCCUGCCCGACCAGCGGGGAACUGGAUCAAUCGCCAGUUAUCUAUGUAUCUUGGUGCAAGUGAAGAAAAACACAGCGAGCAGCUCUUUGCUUCUAGGAUAAAAUAUCCCGCGUCAAAGUUUGCGAUAGCCAAAAACCCAACUCUCCCGUGCACGAUAAACGCACGAUUUCGUAAUCGUGAUUCCGCGGCCAGGUCAGCUAGCAGCGUGCGGCUAUCGUGUGCGUUUUGUGCAAAAGUGUUCCCGCUGCUCGUUCGCUCGCCCUCUCUCUCUCUCUCUCGCUCUUGCCUCCUGCGCUCCGGUGUGUUCCCCGGUGUUGCGUUUGUUUUUCUUCUCCCCCGUGCACCGUGCUUCUUCGCGUGGUGCAUUUUUCUACCACUCUGUUGCUUUCCAACAACACCCCUGCAGCACUGGUCCCAAAUGGUGUGCUUGUGGUGGGUGCACGGGUGGUAAAGUCCGGGGAGUAGCAACGGAAGCAACGGAUCAGAAAAAAUCGGAACCUUUCGCGUGCGUGAGUGUGUGUUUGAUGCUGAUUCGCGUCCUGUUUUCUGUGUGAUCCGCCGUGGAUGCACCGGGCACCAUCGUCACUGCUCCUAUGAAGACAUUUUUCUUUCAUUAACCAGUAAGAAAAGUUCGUCCAAGGGCGGCAAGCACAAGAAGAGCCGCAAGGGCAAGAAACCGGGCCUGGCGGUUGCACAGCCAUUGCCGGCACCACCGUCCGUCACUGCAGCUGUUCCACCUUCACCACCCGCAGCACUUUCCUCUGCACCUUUCGCACGCGCAUCGGCAUCGCCGCCAAACGCGUCAUUAGCCGCCACUUCGACACCGACGCCUCGGACGUCACCAGCGCCUGCAGCGGCAAGUGUCACGUCUCCGGGGCGGACGAUGAGUACAGUGGCCGUUGCUGCCCAGCAGCAUACCACUGAAAGCCGCACGCACAGCCUCGCCAACCUAGCCGAGCAGCAGCAGCAGCAGCAGCAGCAACAGUCCACCAUUGGAAGCGCGUUUUCGGCAGAAAACGGACACUCUCCCGCUAUGCCAUGUGCGCCCUGCCCGAGCAGCCAAGCAGCAGGCGUGCGGUCAGCAGUUUCACCGGAAUCGUCAGUUCCUUCAGGCUGUGACGGCGGGGGUGGAGCGGACACUGGCAGCAACAGCAACAGCAGUAGUAGUAGCAGUAGUAGUAGUGGAAACGCCAUGGCAAACGGCCAAACAGACACAAGCGCUCCAUCGGGGGGCGGAGGAGGAGCUGAUGGACAGCAGCAGCAGCAGAUGCAGCAACAGCAAGGCGACUCCUCACAGCAGCAGCAGGAUCAACCACCCAUUUCCGGCCCCCGCCCGGCAUCCGGCGGUCGACAGCAACGGAUUGCUGGUGGAAAAGGCAAGCAUUUAACCCGCAGUCACGCGAUGCGUGAGUCAACCUCGCCGCCCCGAACACCGACGCCGCGAUCACCAUCCGAUACGCACACCAGCAGCAGCAGCAGCAGCAAUCCAAUCAGCGGUGGCGGCGGCGGCGGCGGCAGUACGGGUGGUACGAUCAACACGACCACUGUCAGCCCUACCACCACAACCACCAACGCAGUUGCGACCAGUAGCAGCAGUACCAGCGGCAACAACAACAACAACAACAUUGGCACCCUCUGCAAUGGUCCCCAGAGUCAGCCCGAGCGAGGAAACGGCGCUUCAGCAUCGGCAUCCACCAUGAUGAGCGACACCGAUUCGCUCGCCAAACACAACAGCUCCGGACCGGGUGGAGGUGGUGGAGGAGUAGGAGGUGGAGGAGGCAGCAGUGGCAACGGUUCGCCGAACAUUGUCCUGUUUACCGGUGGGGAGGAGCAGCGCAGCACCAGUGGCAAAAGUCAGCUGGACCUAGACUUCCCGAAGCUGACACCGCCGAAGACGUCCUUUAACCCGAACGCCGGCAGCAACGGUAGCAAUCAGCAUCACCCGAAAAGCAAUGGCAGCGUGAAAAACAAUGGCGGCGGCAAAGCGAACGGUGCCGCUGCGGUGUGCGAGACGGACAAAUCGACGGCAACUAGCACCGGCACUACGAAGCAGCAGUCUGCGGCGCCGACUGUCGUCAGCACGGUAGGUUCACCGACGCAGCCCGGUGGCAGUAGCAUAGACACACCGGACGGUGGGGGAGCGGGCCGUGGCGGAGGUAUGCCGGUGGGUCCGACCAAUCCGUCCAACCACAACCAUCUCGUGUCUGGCGAGCAGGCGAUGGGCGGCGAACCGACGACGGCGUCCUCGGACAGGCAGCAACACUCGCCGGCAACGUCACCGGCAAACAGCAGCAGCAACUAUUGUGAUAGCGAUGGCCGCCACGGUCCGUACCAGCACCAGCAGCAGCGGGAGGUGAACUUCAGCAGCAGCCAGGACGGUGCCGCCACCGACGGUCCGAUCAAUAUACAGUUUUCGCACGAAACGGAAACGCGCUACAUACAGUGCGACAGUCCGACCGAUGGCCUUAUGCGAAGUGGCGGUGUGGUGGCGGGCACUGGCCCAACGGCGACGCCGCCGAGCGGUGGCAAGAAACGCAGCGGCGCCUCCGGCAAGGGUGGCAAUAAGGCGGCCCGGCUGAAGAACCUAAGCGGUGGCUCCUCGUCCAGCGUCGAUGGCGGUGGCGGUGGCCUCGGCGGCGGCGGCGGCAUGGCCUCGUUCAUGUCGCGCGACAGCCUGUGCGACCCGUUCACCGACCAGAGCGGCGUGAAUUUGCUGCAGUUCUUCAAGGAAACGCUGAACAAAAACUUCAAGGAUCGCAACAUGCUGAUGAAGAUCGAGAAGGAGCUGCUGUCGCUCGCGAUGGACCGGAGCCGCAGCCAGAUGAAGUUUCCGCCCAUGUCUUCCUACAACCGGAUGCUGAUCCACCGGGUCGCGGCGUACUUCGGCAUGGAGCACAACGUGGACGCGACGCAGCAGUGCGUGAUUGCGGAGGUGACGCCGGCCACCCGCAUCCCGGACAUACGGUUCAAGAAUCUCAUCUCGGACAGCUUCUCGGAGGAGCCGCGCAAGUCGAUCCUGAAGCGGGACACGCACAGCUUCGACGAGUACCACCGGUUUGGCGGUGGCGGCGGGGGAGAUGGAGGAGGAGGCGGCGGAGGAGGCGGGGGUGGCAGGGGUGGUGGUAGCGGGUUGCUGCACUGUCCCGACCGGGGCAUGCUCGACCGGAAGGCGAAAAGCUUCGAGGAGCGGGACGAAGAGUACGACAAGUCGAAGCGGAGGCUGUUCAAAAACCGUGAGGACUUUCAGCAUGAUUCCGAGUCCGAUCAGUGGCAGUGGAUAUCGACCGAUGGUGUUGGUGUUGCUGGUGGUGGCGGCGGCGGCCCGACGCUGAUUGACGUCCAUGCUGUCCGGCACCAGCAGAAACUGCAGAACAAUCGCUUGCUGAAAGUACAAUCCGUGUCAAUUGAGGGACGAUCGGACGAGCGGCCUUGCGUUUCGAAAUCGCACAGCUUCGGUGGUUAUGGCGGAUCGUCGCAGAAUGCAUCGCUGCUGCGGGGCGAUUCGAUAACGUCGACCAAAAGUGCCGGUGCCCGGCUGUUCACGAAGCAGGACUCUAACGCCAGCACCAACACGCCCUGGAGGCUGUCGCCGUCGAGCAGUGGGUCGUACCUUACUUCCAGUUACAAAACGCAAUCGAUCCGCUCGGACUCGGUAACACCGUCCCCGACCGGCUACGGCAGCGGCGACCACACACCGGAACCGUGCGUACCAUCCCCGUCGGCCACGUGCGGCGUGAUGUGGGCCGUAACCGAUAUGGCAAGCGUGCCCAAGGGCAGCGUACUGAUUGAUCCGCAAACGUUCCAGCCAAUCGUAAACCAGGACGGCUCGCUGUACCAUUUCGAUCCCUCCAAUCUGCCUCCGACGGCGACGGGUGGUGGUCCCUGGCCAGCUGCGGGCGGCGGCAAAGUGUCGAAGCGAAAGUUUGAGAAGCAGAAAUCAUUCAACAGUAAGAACAAUCUCAACAGCAGCAGCUCGCUUGAAAGCUCGAUCGACGGGCCGGUGCUCGGUAAGUCGGUCGACUGCGGGCUGCAGACGGCGAUCCCUGCCGACAAUGGGUCGGGGGCCGUCACGACCAUUAUGACGAUGACGGCGUCACCACCGACCACCAUCGCGGAGGAGGUGGUCAACGAGCUCGGUUGCUACGAUGCGGUUGGUGGUGGCACCGGUGGCGGCGGCCUAAAGUUGCUGAGCGUUAAGGAUAAUCCCGAUAUGGAUGAAAAUUCAAGCCUCUGCGAAGAGAUCUCACAAACCACAAACGAGCUUGGCGCGCUGAAGUUGCAGAAACAUCAAGCCACCAGUCCCAUGCUGCAGGCCAGCGAACUGCAGCCAAUCGAUAUGAACGAAAUUCAGUACGGUACUAACCCGAGUGACAGUGGAAGCCUGGUGCAUACUGCCAACACUACAACGCUGCUGGACGAGGACCGAUCGCUGAUCGACGAGGUGGCGGAAACGACCGGCGACGAACCGGAUGAUCUCGGCGACACGCUGGACGCGCUCGGUAAAACCGACCCGACCGGCCACAACAACAACAACAAUAAUCCGGCUCUGGGUGCUGCUGUACAAUUGUUGCACGUACACGAUCCUGUCAGUAGUAGCAGCACGCUAGACGCCGCCGACGAUGACGAUGACGAGGACGACGACGAGGAUCGCAGCGAAACGCCAACCGACGGUGGGCAGGAGGAGGUGGACAAGAAGAACGACAUGGUGAAGGUGGCGAACGUGGUCCAAACGGUGGUGCCGCUAACGAGCUACGCCAGUGCCAGCGCUACACCGAACGGCGGUGGGAGUGCGGGUGUCAGUGCGUACACCGUCACGUACGACGGUGGUGGUAGUGGCCAUCCGGGUACUACCGUGUAUGCGACCGGCACACCGGGCCUGUCAACGACGACAUAUCAGACUGCGCCGGACGGUGCCAUCUACGCGGUACCAUCGUCGCUGGUCUACACAUAUCCCACGGCAAUGGAUCCGGCCGAAAUGUCCGGCGGGUACUUUGUGCCGGUGUACGAUCCGCAGCAGCAGCAGCGCGAAGCAAGCCUCUGUUCGACGCCGGGCGCGUCGAUCUAUUCGGCCCCGGCCGGUGCCGCCUCGACCGUGCUGCAUCCGAUCGCGUACACGCAGAGUGCGGCAGCGGCCGCAGCGUACACCGGUGCGCCACUGUACCAGAACCCGGUCAUGUACUCGUCCGACCAGUUCCCGGCGGCCCAGGCCGCGGCAGCGGCCGCAGCAGCCGGCCAGCUUUCGCAGUAUCCCAUUAGCUAUCCGAUCGGUAUAGGAUACCCGUUCAAUGGUGCUACGUACCAAAACUACUGGAAUCAGCCAAUCACUUACUACGUUCCUCAGACGCCCGUCCCGUCGACGGUUGGUGGUGCGUCCAUACUCAUGCCGCCGCCGAUGCCGCAAACGCCCGGCACCGGGGGCAUCAUCACGACCACGGCCACCGUACCGACGAACACGCCCGGCCCGUCCGGGGCACCGAUGGCGGGCAAGCGCAACACGACACCGCCCCAGAACGGUGGGCACGGCCAGUCGCAGGGCGGCGCCACGCACAGUGCCUCGGUAACGCCCGUGCCGAUCUCACCGUUCGCCACGAAUAUUCCCGUACCACUGCCCGACACCACGUCGGCGGCGGCGACCGGAGCCCCGAUGUACGCCGCCUUCCCGCAGCCCCUGUACCCGAACAUGCUUCCAUUCGCCAGCCCGAUGGCGACCCAUCCCCAUCCGGCUGCGGCCCCCGCCGGCACACUGGUACCCACUGCCGCAUCAUUCCAUCCGCACCCGGUACCGACCGGUGCACCGCAGCACCAUCCCAGCGCUCACCAUCCGGCGGCCGCCGCUUCCGGCCCGCACGCCGACUCGUCCGCCAGCAGCGGAGGGCAGCACCAUCCAGCAGCACACUACCACCAUCAUCACCAGCAGCAGCAGCAGGGGCAGCAGGGAGGCAGUGGCCACUAUUCCAGCACGAACGGACCGUCGAAUGGAGGCGGUGGCGGCAACAGCAGUAGCAGUAGCAGCAGUAGCAACAGCAGUCACAGCGGUGGCAACCACAGCAACAACAGUGCCACAAACGCACCCACACCCCAGUCGACGCCGAGCACACCGCUCUCGCUGCCCCUGUCGAUGCCGCCCCAUCACGGCGGUGUGCCGGCCGGUGCAACGCCCAAAGGUAUGCCGCUCUUUCCAACGCCCCCGAUCAUGCCGAAUGUAGCGGGCGGCGGAGGAUACGCGGGGCAUCACCAUUACGCGUCGUCGGACGACCGGAAGCCGGGCAACGGGGGAGGCUACAAGCCGAGAGGCCAGGCGGCGGCGGCGGCGGCGGCCGGUUCCAACGGGGGGCCAACCGGUGGCAGCUACUUCAACUACAACGCAUCGUCCAACGGACGGCAGAUGACACCGAACAGCACGGGCGGCGGAGGCAACUAUCAGCCGCAGGGAGGCAUGAAGGGUGGCUACGCACAGAACAAUACAGGGAACAAUAACCAGAACCAGAACGGGCCGCUAAUCCUGGGGCCGCCGCCGUCGGGCAAACUGAACCGCCACGAUGGCUCGGGCCAGCCGAACGCCGUGCCACCGGCGAACGGCAACUCCUCGAACAACAACAAACCGCCGCUGAUACCGACGCUACCGAGCAUGGUGGUGCCGGGGGCGACCGCACCGAACGCCGCCGGUCUGGCGGGCGAUAAAGCACGCCUCAAUCGCUCCUCGAAACCGCCCAACCUGGACCUGAAGCGGAGCUACAACAGCAACAGCUACGGUGGGGUGAACAGCCGCAACACGCCCAGCACGAACUCGAACGAGAGCAACGGCUCACCGAACAGUAUUACGUCUUCUUCCGUGCACGAGCACGGUGCGGCCCAGUCGCACCAUCCGAUGGUGCCGCACCACGCGCACCAUCACGCCGGCGGACACGGCGGAGCCGGCAACCAUCCGACGACACCGACGUCUCACCAUCACGCGGGCAGCCAUCCGGUGGUGUCGGCGGGCGGCGGGCAGCAGCAACCUGCCCAGCAGCACGGUGGACUGCACCACCACCAUCAUCCGGGACAUCCGGCGGGGCCGCACGGGCAGCAUCAUCCGCAUCACGGUGGUGGUGGCGGCCAGUCGAUGGCACACGGUGUGCCGCAACAAGCGCAGCACGGUGGUCCGGGCGGUGGAGGGGGCGCAACACACUAUUACCACGCGGGUGGAGGACAGUCGAUGGCACAGGCUGGUGGUGGUGGGCAGGUGGGCCACUCUGGCCAAUCGUCCUACUACGCGAGCAACGGUCCGUCGCACCGAGGUGGCAGCGUGGGAAGCAACGGGGGCGGUAAUGGAGCGGCCGGUUCUGGGUCGGGCGGAAAUGGAGGUGGCCACGGAGCGGGACAUCCGCACGCGAUGCCGGCCGCCGCCGUAAUGCACAACUCAGCGGUUGCGGCGGCGGCGGCGGCUGCAGCCGCUGUCGAACCGUACCAUCAGCAGCUGAUCCCGAUCAAUGCGGCGACCGGAAUGUCGUACGUCAAAAUCGGACAGGCGUAUUAUCCAUCGCUAACAUUGCCACAAAGCCGCCGAUCGCCUCCUAAUGAAAUACGUCCAAUUGCCGGGGUCUAUCCGACGAUGAAUAUGGUGAUGCCGGCAUCUCGACAAUUCACACCACGACCACAGCACAGCAGCAGCUACAGCAAUGCCAAGGUGAAUAAAUCGCUUCGAUAAGAGGAAGGAAAAGAACAAACACACACACACACGCAAUGCAUCGGGAAGCAGAAAUUGGUGCGUAUUCAUAUACAUUACUAUAAAUCCGACACGUCGUAGUAAACAGCAGAGUACGGCGCAGUGUGUGUGCGUGUGCAGUAGGACAAAUACGCAAGCUUAGAAACCAACCAUACCAGAAGGUAAAGCAUAUACUUUUAGAAAGAAAGAGAGAAAGGUAGAGAGAGGGGGUAUAAUGUGAUCAGUGCUGAUCUGAGAUCGGCUACGAAAAUGCAACAACUAUAGUUACUUCACCGGCUAGCAUACCUACUAACCUCGCACCCACCCUCCCAGGCAGAGAGCUAUCGUGUUUCGUGUUCUUGGAGUGUGGGGUGAGGUACGUGAGGUUGUUAUAACGAAUUGGAGGCAGCAAACGACUAAUAGAAGAGAACAUUAGAAAGACACAAACAAACAAACAGACAAACAAACAAACAAGUUAAUCACUAAGAGCGGAAGCGUGACAAUGUAUAUGAAUGAGACAUUUAUUUAGGAAAGGAAACAUAUUAAGGAAUACGCACCACUUCCCGCAACCUAACCCUCUCUUAUCCUUUUCAAGACAUGUUACUUUACGAGACGGAAAGUAGAGCAAGCCUGAGAGAGAGGCGAGAGAAAGUGUUAAUGAUGAUGGUACGUUUUAGAACGUAACAGGCUCGGAUGAGCUACAGUUUGCAACAGUAUAAAUAUCUUAGUUUGCUGAUCUUUAACACAAUCAAUCGUGUGUAUCGGACAGGCUCGUUAACUAUCAGAAGAAGUGCAAGAAGAAGGAAAAGAAAGCGCGAAAUCGAAACUACAGGCAGGACCAACAAAACUGUUCAAAAGGUGCAAACAAAAGUGGGAACGGAACGUCAUAGUGACUAAAGGUAUCACAGCAGGAUGUGAUAAGUAUGCAAACAGCGUGCAAAGUGUUGCGAUAAAAAAGCGCAAACAAGCUAUAGGUAUCGAUCUAAUCAGUUGGAAGAGUAAUCCAAUAACGAGAGCAUCACUCUUUAGUAAUAGGAUGAGAGGAAACGCGCUAUGUUAACUAUAAAGAAGUGUUUAAAGAAGAUAGCGGGAAGCAUCGAUGGCUAUGAAUAAGAAUCGCGGACAGAACGAGUGUGAAUAAUGAGUGCAAACGAUCGAAUAGUGUUUGAACAAUAAAGAAAGAGUAUGAUCAGCAUGAACAAGGAAUGAAUGUAUGCAUGUUAAGGAGUGAGCGUGUGUGUGUGGCGUGUGGUUGGUAUGCGCAUGGAUAAACAGUCGUUACGUUGAAAUAAGUUCUAGUGGAGGCGCAAACUGUAGUACGAACAGAGCAGCAAAAAAAAAAAAAAGAAAUACAACAUAACAGCAAUAAAAAGCUACACAUAGGACCACCCAUUUUAUGCUGAAGAUGAAGGGAAGGAUAAAAAAACAGAGAGAUAUAUUCCAUGUGAAAAGAUUUCAACAAAAAUGCUAUACAGUGAAAAGCAAAAAGGGAAAAAUGCCACGCACACACAGACUCACACACUAACUACUCUGCAACACCGAGAAACUAACCAAAUUUGCGCCAAAGCUGUUGUUGUGUGAUGAAACCCAGAAUUCAGUUACUGCUUCUUAGAAAUGUGUGAUCGAUAACCAAAAACAAAACAAAAUACAUACUAAUACUAAUAAUGUUAAAUACAAAGGCAUACCGGAACUCCGAAGAGCGGUGCUGUGGUGCGACGAGGUGAAAGAAUGUAGAGAGAACGAAUACCCGUGUUGCCGGAUUAUCAGUUGCCAUGAAGUAGUAAGUGCAAAACUUAUAUAAAAUUAGCGGAACGUAAACAAACGUAAAGCGUAAAGUUAGAUGGAAACGGAAAUGCAUUAUUUACUUGCCAACGAACUUAUCACGAACUGUAACAAAGAAGGAAAACAACAACAACAACAAAACACAAACAGACAGCAGACGACAGCAUUCUUAAUAGCAAACAAUCAGUAAAGUCGAUCAAUUAUAUUUAAACAAAAACUCAACCACAGCAAACACACAUACUAAUCUAAACCGCGCAAUGGUUCAAUAGCAUAGACCGUGCAUUAGAAACGAUUAAAACCCCUAUGUAGAACGAACGAGAGAGAGAGAGAGAGAGAGAGAGAGAGAGAGAGAGAGAGAGAGAGAGAGAGAGAGAGAGAGAGAGAGAGAGAGAGAGAGAGAGAGAGAGAGAGAGAGAGAGAGAGAGAGUGCA